UUCAACCUCCUCACAUAGCAUUCAUCCUUGUGAGAUUUAGCUCGGUAAAGCUCACAAUGGUGUUCGCAUUUUAUUUAGCGUGUUUCUUUGGCGUCGCAUCAGCCAUAAGGGUAUCAGAGCCGAUCAGCCCUGCUGACUACCAGAAGCUCAUCGCGCAAGGGUUCUCGACAAACUGGUUUAAAACAGAAAACCCGUUGAAGAAGUACAAUGACAAAAACAUCGAAGAUAUUUAUGCCAAGGGGUUUAGAAACGUAAGGCUUCGGUCCAGAGCAGACUUGUACACGGCACCGUACAACAACCGCAAAUUUGAAUGGUUUCUUGGGAACCUCACGGUGGUGGUUGAUAAGUGCCUUCAGGUUGGAGUUGCGCCGAUUAUUUCGUGGAUACACCAUCACGCCGAAGCCUACGCAACUGAACAAGAUCGUGUGAACUACGUGACUUGGUGGACAGCCGUGGCUAAGCACCUCAAAGAUAAGAACUAUAGGCUUGGCUUCAACCUGUUCACUGAGCUAGGGCUCGAUGGAUGCGGGGGAAAGAAGUCCACUUGCAAUGAAAGUCUUCGCAUGAAUCCAGACAAGUACAAUCGCUGGACUGCUGACGUGGUUAGAGCGAUCCGUGAAGCUGGAGGAAACAACGCAAGGCGUAUCCUGAUCCUAGGGUCACCGGCAAAGACUGCGAGAGAGCUCCACUUGAUUGAUAAAAAUAUCUAUAAGAACGAUCGAUUCAUGAUGGCUGAGUGGCAUAUCUAUGCCUCGGGACCCAACAAAAAAAGAGGAGGACAAAAAUACUGGAAAGGAGAUGGAAAGAACAAGGGUCGCAAAAAUGUCAAGAAGGCAUUCAAGCAAGCCACCACUUUCACUAAGAAAAGCAAGCUCUUGACCUACCUUGGCGCGUGGAUGCCGACAGACAACAAAAAGGGAAGUCUAAGAGAGGACGAGGUGAUAAACUUUGGAAGAUUUUUCGCCAAGGAGCUGCGCAAGAUUAAGGUUCCUUGGUCCCUAAACGUGCUUGACCGGUAUUACGACACCAAGAAAAGCAGAUGGUUGACAGAGCCACAAGACAUCAAGGGAAGAUCUUUCAUGUCACUGGUGCUGGACAACAUUCGAGAUGUGAUGUAAUGCAUCUAGGAGUGCCAAAGACGAGAAACUAAAGCACUUAUCUAUUGCAUAUUGAUUCAAAGAUUUGUAUUGAUCACGAUUGAUUCAUUUAAAAUAGAGCGUCCGCUUUCGUAUAUGAGUGGGGAAUGUAGUCGUACUGUAUCUUAUUGUAAUUUGUUGCAAGGCGUAAAUUGUGAAUGUAUGAAAUACUGGAAGGAAAUGGGAAGCCAUUUCAAUGUUCAGUUACCGCAUGUCGUACCGUAUAAGUCGGUGCUGCAAUUCAGUACUCUACGUUUCUCACUUAUACAAAAACAGCUCUAAAUCUUCUUUUCUCCAUGAAUAAGUUUUCAUGAAAAUGCUAGUAUAGAUUGAUGAGGGGAAGACCUUGGGAAUAAUUGAUUGAAAUAAAGGUGUGGAAUCAGUUUA